AUGGACAAGGACAAAGCAGACGACAAGAGAAGCACGCUGCCAGUGAAGGAUUUCUUAUCUCGACAUGUUCCUGACCAAGUGACAAAUUCAAGACGACUAUGUUACAGGCAUCGACCUGAUCUUAUAAAGCAGAGACAGCCAGAUGGAUUAGAUAUCGAAAAUGCACAAAGACAAUUGGAAGAACUACCAACAGAAGACAAAGCAGCCAUCACACACAUCUGGUCUUUAUUUUCAGCAGCACCAGCAGACCAGCGUAUCUUGAUAUUGCGAGGUCUUUUAUCUACCUGCUGUAUGCCCCAGCUUUCAUUUAUACACGAUGCUAUCAAGCCCUUAUUGCGAAUUGACUUUUUAUCUAUUUUACCCCGUGAGAUUUCAUUGCAAAUCUUCUUUUACCUGGAUGCCAAGUCGUUAUGUCAUGCAGCACAAGUAUCUCAUAAUUGGAAGACAUUAGCAGAUGAUGAUGCACUCUGGCAUAGAAUGUGCGAGCAACAUAUCGACAAAAAAUGCACCAAAUGUGGAUGGGGUCUUCCCUUGUUGAAUAAGCGUCGAACAGCGACAGCGAUAAAACGCCCAUUGAUUGAGCCUAGUGAUGCUCCACUACGAACAGCAUGCGGACCUUCUUCCGUAUCUCGCAACGAUGUCCAAAGAGAAGAGGAAGAGCAAGAGCACGCAGCAGCAGCAGCAGCAGCAGCAGCAGCAGCAAUAGAACGUCCUAACAAGAAGAGCAAAAUUGAUACAGAGGCAGAUACAUCAUUCAAGAAUAUCUUUGAUGGCACAAAUACGGCCACAGGAGAGAAUGGUUGUCCACCACCACCGCCACCAUCUCGUCGUCCAUGGAAAGACGUCUAUUCUGAACGACUGAUGGUUGAAAGAAACUGGAGAAACAACAAAUACAAGUUGCGCGUAUUGAGCGGCCACACGGAUGGAGUGAUGUGCGUUCAAUUCUGCGAUGGAAGCAAUAUUUUGAUGACGGGUUCAUAUGACAAGACGGUUCGUAUCUGGUGCCUGGAAACGGGCCAAUUGAUUCGCACAUUAACAGGGCAUACUCGCUGUGUUCGUGCACUGCAGUUUGAUGAAGCCAAGCUGGUGACUGGAUCCAUGGAUCAGACAUUGAAGAUUUGGAACUGGCAAACUGGUAAAUGCAUUCGUACUUUGGAGGGUCACACAGGAGGCGUCUUGAGUCUGCAUUUCAACUCAAGAUUGAUGGCAAGUGGUUCGACUGACCACACCAUACGAGUCUGGAACUUUUCUGCUGGCGAGUGCUGUACGUUAACAGGACACACAGAGUGGGUGAACUCGGUGCGCUUAUGUCGAGAAGGCACUAUCCUUGUGUCUGCUAGCGAUGAUUCCACCAUCAGGCUCUGGGACGUUCAAAAACGGUCUUGUAUGCAAGUGCUGAAUGGACAUGUGGGUCAAGUGCAAAUUGCCGUACCAAGCCCUCUUGGAUUCACACAUCGCUUUGAUACAGAGGAAGAUGACGCCUAUCUUAGUACACUGAACAGAGCUGGUAGUCUACCCGAAUUGCAGCCUGGAUGUGCUACAGACAGCAGCAGCAGCAGCUCAAAUCAAGCAAGCUCGUCCGCAAGAAGAAAUACAAUCAAGAAAGAAACAGCGUCCACGGCUGCAUCAUCUAAUAACCCUAUUAUUAUAUCUGGAUCCUUAGAUAAUACAAUCAAACUGUGGGACAUGAUCACAGGUAAAUGUAUUCGCACGUUAUUUGGCCAUGUGGAAGGCGUCUGGAGCUUGGCGUACGACACACUGCGUAUUGUUUCUGGAUCUCACGACAAGACAGUGCGCGUAUGGGAUCUCGGCAGUGGUAAAUGUAUGUACGCCUUGGAAGGCCAUAAUGGCCCUGUAACAAGCGUCGCCCUGAGUGAUACGAAGAUCAUCUCGACAUCUGAUGAUGGCGAUAUAAGAAUAUGGGAUUAUGGUGUGCUACAUUCUUGA